AUGGCGAUCGAAAUUCUUCCAUUAACCGAGGCCGAUAUUCCAAGUGUGAUCCAGGUGAUCCAACAAGCCUUCGCCGAUGACCCAUACUUCAAAUGGGUGUUCGAUGCUUCCACCUUCAGCCAAGAAAGAAACUAUUCCUCUCUCGCUGCGCGCUGCCGCUGGGGCAUAAAUAACGCACUCUUUCAAGUCGCCAAAGAAACAUCCUCCAGCUCCAGCUCCAGUCCGACGCCCAUUCUCGGCGUCUCCUGCUGGCUGGCCCCGCACCCGCCUUCCCAGCCCGAGUCCUGGUACUCCUGGUUUCAGUCCUGGGUGCUCACCUUCAAUCAGAUUGCCACCAACAUCCGGUACCGCGGCCGCGGCGGGCUCCGCACCAACCGGUACUGGAUCUGGAAAGCGCAGCAGCAGGCGGCGCAGGCGCAGAUCUGGGACGACCCGCGCGGAUACUACUUCUGCAACAUUGUUGCGGUGAGUCCAGAGGCACAGGGCAAGGGCGUGGGCCGGAUGUUGUUUGAGGCUGUGACGAACCGGGCAGAUGCGGAGGGUAUGAAGUGUUAUCUGGAGAGCUCGAAGAAGGUCCCGAAUGUGGGGAUUUAUGAGCGCAUGGGGUUUGAGAUGCGGAGGGAGAUGGAGUGCAAGGACGGGGAUGAUGCCAUUAUGCUUUACUGCAUGGUGCGAAAUCCGAAGACCGAGUAA